AAAACCUCACGCCAGUGCGAAGCGGCAGCCGGAGCCAGCACCGAGAUUGCCCUGAAAGAAAGGAGAGGCUGGGGGAAGGCAGUGUGCCGUGGCGUGCUUACGAAGGGCUGUUUCACCGACCUCAGGAACAUCGCUGGCUACACACACACGCUCAUACACAGGCGCACUUGCUCACACACGCGCACACACAGCCUCUUGGUGCAGCUCCUCGCAGCUCUUUGAUUUACAAGGAAGGAAAUAAGACCUCUUAGAGCAGCAGAAGCAGCAGCUGUUGGCAAGAUGUGCUGACAAAAUUGAGCAGGGAGAGAUCUCCAAUCUGCUUCACUGCCUGGGCUGGACCUGCUCCUGGAAGAGGAGCGGCAGAGGAGAGAGAGAAGAAUGAGCAGCCCCUCCAUCCCCGGAAAGAUGGAGGCAAAACCUUUGUUCAACGUGCAGAAGGCUCUGGUGCAGCCUGUGCAGAUGUGCAUGUUGGAUAUCCCUCUGAGCGUGCAGGAUGAUGAUAGCUCCACACAGGAGAUCGGAGAAGAGCUGGAGGAUGGUGUGAUCUACAGCAUAUCGCUCCGGAAAGUGCAGCUCCAUCACACGGCCAACAAAGGGCAGCGAUGGCUGGGGUUUGAGAAUGAGUCGGCCUUAAACCUCUACGAGACAUGUAAGGUGCGGACGAUAAAAGCUGGGACCUUGGAGAAGCUGGUGGAGUACCUGGUCUCAGCCUUCAAGGGCAAUGACUCCACCUACGUCACCAUCUUCCUGUGCACCUACCGGGCCUUCGCCACCACCAAGCAAGUGCUGGACCUGCUGCUUAACAGGUACGGCAAACUCCAUGUGCAGGUGAAUGGGGACCACGCCAGGCACGCUGUGGACGAGAGGAUGGAGCUGAAGAACACCAUCUCCUCCAUCCUGGGUGCCUGGCUGGACCAGUACUCAGAGGACUUCCGCAAGCCCCCGGACUUCACCUGCCUCAAGCAACUCAUCUCCUACGUGCACCACAACAUCCCCGGCUCCGACCUGGAGCGCCGAGCCCGCAUCCUGCUGGCCCAGUUCCAGCAGCAAGAGCAGAGCGAGUCCAAAGCAGAAGCUGUGGACCACGGUGGCUGCACCUUCCAGCUGGUGGAGGAGAACGGCGUCGGGGACGGGAAGCCAGAUUUCCUCUCCUUCUCCCCAGAGAUGGUGGCAGAACAGUUCACGCUGAUGGAUGCUGAGCUGUUUAAGAAAGUGGUGCCUUACCACUGCCUGGGCUGCAUCUGGUCCCAGCGAGACAAGAAGGGCAAGGAGCACUUGGCACCCACCAUCCGUGCCACGGUCUUGCAGUUCAACAGCGUGGCCAACUGCGUCAUCGCCACGUGCCUCGGGGACCGGUCCCUGAAGCCGCAGCAGAGGGCUAAAGUGGUGGAGCGGUGGAUCGAAGUGGCUCGGGAGUGCCGCAUCCUGAAGAACUUCUCCUCCCUCCGCGCCAUCCUCUCGGCUCUGCAGUGCAAUGCCGUUCACCGGCUGAAGAAAACCUGGGACGAGGUCCUAAGGGAGAGCUUCCGCACUUUCCACGAGCUCUCAGAGAUCUUCUCCGACGAGAACAACCACUCGCUGAGCCGAGAGCUUCUCAUUAAGGAGGGCACGUCCAAAUUUGCCACCUUGGAGAUCAACCCGAAGAGGGCACAGAAGCGGCAGCAACAGCAGCGAGAGAUGGGUGUGAUGCAGGGCACCAUUCCCUACCUUGGCACCUUCCUCACGGAUCUGGUGAUGCUCGACACCGCCAUGAAGGAUUUCCUGGACGGCGGGCUGAUCAACUUUGAGAAGAGAAGGAAGGAGUUCGAAGUCAUCGCCCAGAUCAAGCUGCUUCAGUCGGCCUGCAACAACUACAGCUUCACGCAGGAGGACCAGUUUGUGGACUGGUUCCACAGCCUGGAGCGGCUGAGCGAGGCCGAGAGCUACGGGCUGUCGUGCGAGAUCGAGCCGCUGUCGGAGUCGGCCAGCAACACGCUGAAGGCGAAGAAAAACACGGGCAUCAUCAAGCGAUGGAGCGACCGGCAGCCGCCGAGCACCGAGCCGUGCGCCAGCGGCAGCUCCCACUCGAAAUCCUUCGACCAGCUCAAGUGCGGGCAGUACCUGUGCAGUGGGGACACCACCGACUCGGUGAGCGUCACCUCCGCCGGCUCCAGCAGCUCCGAUGUGGAGGAGAUCAACAUCAGCUUCAUCCCCGAGUCCCCCGACUGCCAGGAGAAGAAGGUACGGGGCAGCUCGCGGGGUCCGGGCCUCCGGAGGCAGGUCAGUGAGAUCCCUCUGGCCUCCCUCUCCCAGCGCUGGUACGCCCCAUCUGUGGCCGACGGAGAAGCUAAACCCACUGUGUCCUCCGCAUCCCCUCUCCUCCCUGCCCUCCAGUUCUGGGAAUCCACCUCCCUCUCCUCCCUGGACACGUCGGGCAUCGGCUCGGGCUCCAGCAGUGCCUCGUCCUCUUCCGUCUCCUCCACGCCGGUGACAGCCUCCCGCACCCACAAGCGCUCCGUCUCCGGCAUCUCCAGCUACUCCUCCCUCUCGCUGCCCCUCUACAACCAGCAGGUCGAUGACUGCUGCAUCAUCCGCGUCAGCCUGGCCGUCGACAACGGCAACAUGUACAAAAGCAUCCUGGUGACGAGCCAGGAUAAGACCCCGGUCGUUAUUCGCAAAGCCAUGGCCAAACACAACUUGGACGGGGACCGGCCUGAAGACUAUGAGCUCGUUCAGAUCAUCUCAGAGGAGAGAGAGCUGAAGAUCCCUGACAACGCCAACGUCUUCUACGCCAUGAACUCUGCCGCCAACUAUGACUUCGUGCUCAAGAAACGGGGCUUCUCCAAGGGAGUGAAGAUCAAGCACGGCUCCAGCUCCACCCUGCCCAGGAUGAAGCAGAAAGGCCUGAAGAUCGCCAAAGGCAUCUUCUAGCCUCAGCCCCACUGCCACCCAUCACCGACGGGGCCUUGGGGGCAGGCUGCCCCGGGCUGGGCUGCGGCCGGUCCUUGUGCCGCCGGCACGGCGAGAGGAGCGACCCUCGCGCAUCUCCCUCCCGCACCGAGAGCUGGGGCGCUUUGGCAACCGGCGUCAGCCUCCGCCUCUCUCUGCACAAACCUCCGUUUCAAUCAGGUCUUUUUUUUUUUUUUUUUUUU